AUGACUCGUUUGAGGAUGAGUCUUUCCUUUAAUCAUAUUAGCGACAGUUUUGCAAGUAACAUCCAGAAGUCCUUUGAUGUCAAGGUAAUUCGCAGCGAGAAUCAGCUCGAACAGAGUACCCUGAUCGACUUUGAGGAAGUCGGCAUCCCAAGAGCUGAUGUCAUCAGUCCUCUUCUCUUUGUUCUCAUCGUCUUCAGCUGGUGGUGGGUCAUCCUUGUGGUAAGUCGCCCACUGGAUGACUUUUUUCAGAAUUGCCGAGUUGACGUUCGGCAGAGGUACCACCUCAUCAUCAUCCUCAUCCAUACCCAGAUCCUCCAACAUGGUUUUGAUGGUUACGGAGCAUUUUGCUAUUUCAACAUCAACGUCGAAAAUUUCGUUAUCAUUAGCCUGAAGUUUGAUGUUUGUCAUCUGGAAUAA